AUGUCAAGACGGGACUUGACGCAGAAAAACCCGUCCGAAACAGGAGACAGACACGCUGCAGAUGAGCACGGAAGUAGUACCAAACCAAAAGUACAGGUUCUGGUCAAAAUUGACCGAGCAGAGACGAAUUUAGAUCUGGAACUAGCGCAAAGCAGACCCGAAGAGACUCCCAGCGCACUGGACAACCAUUUUGAGCGAGAUUCAAGCGAUUUUGGCAAAGACACUUUUGCAAAAAGACCAAAUCUCUCCAUCGUCACGCAACAGAGAGGCAGCUCUUCGACUGAUAAUCCACGAACGGCGUCCGGCCAGCUCUCGGCCACCAGCAACAAGACCCAUUUCAAAAAUCUCACAACACCUUCGAAGUCACGGGACUCAUCGGACGCGACCUCCAACGAACGGCACAGCUUGCAGAUAGAUCGGCAUUCCGGCAGCGGAGAACGUCGCCAUUCGCUUAAUUCCCGCACCUAUAGCGAUACAGACAACGACGACAAUCUGAGGUCGGCCACCAUCAUCUCAACAAUCGACGAAGGCGAUCUCAAUGACUUUCGCGACCUCCAGGACGAUUUCACCAAUGCCAUGGGCAAUGGGAGCUCGACGUGGCUGCCACAGAUCAGAAGUGACUCCAAUGUGCCAAAAACGUCGGCAGAAGCAGACGAAGACGCACACUUAUCGGACUAUGAAGAACAAAGGCAAAAUAGCAGGAGUAUGAUGAGGACCCCCAGUCCCUCACACGUUCGGGGAAGUAACUCGCAAGCCCAUGAAUCGGUUUUAAAUACUCCCAGAAAUUUGCAUAAUUCCAGCAUCAAAAAAUUCAAAAAAGUUGGUUUUGAAGAAACCGAAGAGUUCGAAGAACGAGUAGCAUCAGACAGCAGCGAAUCGGAUUCAUUAACAGGGCUCGAAAAGGACAACUCUUUAAACUUACACGGAAACUCGCUGGGACUCUUUUCCCCGAAAAAUCGUUUUCGUGUCAAGCUGGCAUCAAUCGUGAUGAACAAGUGGGCGUACCGAUUCAACUUGUUUCUGUCCAUAUGGCUGGUCUCUACACUCUCUGUUGCCUUUCUGAGUGAUCCCAACAAACUAGAGUACUACUCUUCCCUAACAGGUGCAUUGCUAUUUGCGGUGAACGUACUCUAUACAAUCGAUAUCCUUGCUCAAAUUAUCGUAUUUGGUUUUUGGGACGAUUCACAGGUCUUUCACGCAAGAGGGGAGGACUAUAAAACAAUCUAUGAAAUUUUCGGCAUUACUAAAUUCCAUCAGCGUCUCGAAUCCAAAUACGGAGCGGAUUUUGUGCGCAAAAUAUCACCUUUCAAAAUCAGCUAUGACAAGCUUGCAGGCAAGCCCGCUCAUAAGCAGAUCAAAAGCUCUGUAACAUUUGUUGGCUCUCCUGAUAAAACGCCUGCUGAAGUGCCGCUCCACCGUGCCUACGCUCGAAGCAGUUGGAACAGAAUAGAGUUAAUCUCCACAGCUUGCUUUUGGAUGUCAUUGUUUCUGUCGAUAAAUGAUUAUGACUACAAACAUGGUAUACGCAUAUUCAAGGCGCUCGCAGCGCUUCGCAUUCUCAAACUCGCGACUGAAGAAGGCAGUCAGUCUCGAAUUCUGAACACUUUAAAGUUCGGGCUACCGCAAUUAAUAAGUGUCUGCUUCAUGCUUCUAUAUUUCUGGACCCUGUUUGGGAUUCUCGGCGUUCAGAGCUUUCAGGGCUCCAUGAGAAGGCAAUGUGUCUGGACUAAUCCAAACGACCCAUCAGAAAGCUAUACCAAUAGCAUGCAAUUCUGUGGCGGUUACCUAGAACCGGUAACGAAGAAAAAGAUGCCAUACAUUUUUUCUGAUAAUGAAGAUGGCCCAAUAUCUAAGGGAUUCUUGUGUCCACAGUACUCUAAAUGCGUUUCGACCGAAAAUCCUUUCAAUGGCAGGGUCAGCUUCGACAACAUUCUGAGUUCGAUGGAGCUGGUUUUCGUGACUAUUAGCGCCAAUACGUUUACGGACAUCAUGUAUUAUACUAUGGACUCUGACAGUAUGGCGGCCUCACUCUUUUUCGUCUUUUGUAUCUUUUUUCUGAACAUUUGGAUGAUAAACUUGAUGAUUGCAGUGCUGGUGUCCUCUUUUGAGAAAGCCAACAAGCUUUCUAGAAAAGGCUUACGGAAAGAAGCCCCGUCUUUGAUUGAACGAGUCAGGAAAAAAAUUAUGAAGUUAGUUGAGAGCAAGGCUAAUCUCAAGGAACUACCAAAUUGGAGUUUAGUAUGUCUGAAAUGGUACCAAAAAGUGGAGUUCAUCUUUGUCCUAGUCAUAGUCGCGGAUCUUAUAAUUCAAGCUACAUUGAACUCAGAAAGCAGCGAGGACCAGAUGGAGACCAUUUUCAUGUUUGAUCGCGCCGCGAAUUACGUUCUGUUGUUCGAAUCGCUCAUACGAAUAAUCUGUUUUCUUCCGAACCUCUGGAAACUGCUAAUGACACCAACUUACAUGUUCGAUAUUUGUUCAUGUAUUGUAUCAGUUAUAAUAACCAUCCCUCAAAACAGAAAAGCUUUGGGGCAGGGCUAUUAUUGGCUCAACAUUCUCCAAAUAUUGCGCUUUUACCGAGUUAUAACGAUGAUCGAAGUCACCAGAAAUUUGUGGAAACAGGUUCUGGGUAAUGCAUUGCUUAUCUGGAACCUUUCAGGAUUUUACUUUCUUUUCCUCUUUUUGGUUUCGGUGAUCAUGUCGGUCUACUUCACAGGGUCAGUGCCGGAAACAGAAAAAGGGGAAAUACCAUUCGCUUUCUAUGAUUUAUCAAACUCUUUUUUGACACUCUUCAUCAUAGGAUCCACGGAAAACUGGACGGAUUCAUUGUAUGCUGUUCAGCAAUAUGCUCCCAAUUAUUCUUCGCAAUUCUUUGGUUCAGUUCUAUUGAUAGUAUGGUUUUUUUUGGCGAACUUUGUUAUGCUGAAUAUCUUCAUUGCGAUUAUAGCAGAAAGCUUGGAUACCCCCGAGGAAGGAAAAAGAUCAUUACAGAUCAGACAUUACUUGCAGCAUGUCUAUCCGGAGAAGAUUAAGGAAUUUACAAGUUCAACUCUCGCCCGUCGUAUCAAGAAAAGAAUCUUCAAGGACUCUACGGAUGAAACCUCUAGGGAUUUUAGGCAAUUUCUGUUCAGAGGAACUGCGAUUGUCAGCAUUGCACAGCAACAUAACAUUAUGGAUCUCAAUGACGUGGGGAAAAAGCCAAAUGAAUAUUUUCCACGCUUGUCAAAGCUGGGUUUUGGUAAGCUCAAAAAAUUGCCUUUCCUAAAGCCUUUCACUGAAAACCCAUUUGGCAAUAAGCCUGAGGUGGUGUACAUCGAGUCCACCGAUUCAGAGGGGUUAAACAAAAGAUACACUUUGAAACUAAAUGACUUUGAGGAAGACAAACUAAAAUACAUGAGGGUGCAUCCAUUUUACAAUAACACCUACUUCAUUUUCCCUCCUAAUCACAUCUUUCGCCAGUUUUGCCAAAGUCUUGUUCCCCCUUGUGUUGGCAAAAGGACUGACGGGAUUCGCUUCUUUGAGGAUAACACAAAUAUUUACGAAAGCGAUUCCAAUUUCAGGCACUUAAAGCGGGACAUUUUUGUUGGUUUCAUUUCGAUCACGACAAUUUUAAUGGUUAUUUAUUCCUGCUUUAUCACACCCUUGUAUCGUAUGAAACAUUUCGCCGUUCGAGAAUGGUCGAAGUAUUUCGAUGCUACGUUUGUCAUAAUUUUCUCCCUAGAAUUUAUUAUAAAAACGGUUGCGGAUGGGUUGAUACACACUCCUAACGCUUACCUUCGCAAUCCAUGGAAUUGCAUAGACAUUACAGUUCUGGUCUCUAUCUGGAUCGACUUUGUUGCCAAUUUGAAAAACGAUGACGACUUAUCCCGUCUCUUUAGGGGACUAACUGCUCUUAGAGCCUUACGGUGUCUCACGAUCAGUAAAACGGCCAGGGCAACUUUCAAUCAAGUUCUUUUUGAUGGUAUUGGCAAAAUCAUUGGUGCAGCCACUAUUUCGCUCACCGUUCUAUUCCCCUUCUCCGUUUGGGGGCUAGGAAUAUUGAGAGGGCGUCUUGGCGUCUGCAACGAUGGCGUUGAUCUAUCCAAAUGUUACAACGAGUUUACAAGUGAGGUCUUUGAUUGGGAAAUUUUGAUGCCGAGAACAUACUCAGAGCCAUAUCUCUACAUGAACUCUAUUUCAAGCGCAUUUAGAUCGCUUUACGAAAUAGUGUCAUUAGAAGGCUGGGUCGAUAUCCUGACCAAUAGCAUGGCAAGCACAGGGGUGGGAACCGUGCCCGAACCCUUUGCCACAACUACCAAUGGACUCUUUUUUGUGCUGUUUAAUUUCUUGAGCAUGGUUUUCAUCCUGACACUCUUUGUGUCUUUCAUUAUCCGUAAUCAUGCUCGAACAACAGGAAGUGCAUUUUUGACCAUUGAAGAGAAAUCGUGGCUUGAAGUCAAGCGACUUCUUUCACAAGCACGGCCUGAGCCGAGCCCCGAAAUUUUAUCCAUGGGUUCUGUCAGAUUGUUCAUAUAUCGGCUGGCGGUUGAAAAAUCGUUCUUUUGGUAUGCUCUCUUUCUCCAGCUUAUGUUGUAUGUUCAUAUCUUGACUUUACUGGUCUACACUUAUCAAGAAAACGGCUCGCUUCAAAGUUAUCAAAAUGCCGUUUUCAUGUUGUCUACCACAGUUUUUUUGAUUCAGGAAAUCUUUUACAUUAUUGGUAAAGGAACAAGACUGUGGUUUGCCAAAAAAUGGGAUGUUUUCAAGUUCUUCAUAGUCAUUUGCUCCUUUGCUCUUAAUAUCGCGAGAAUCGUUCGUCAUGAAGCUAUUCUUGGCUUUACUAAUAUUCGUGAUCUGUUCCAACUUGUGAUCUUUUUGUUUGUGAUACCUCAAAACGACGUUCUCAGUGAACUUAUAAGCACAGCCAUGGCUAGUAUGCCCUCAAUUUUAUCUCUGACCUACACUUGGGGAAUCCUGUUUUUGGUAUAUGCUAUUGCUCUGAAUCAAAUAUUUGGGUUGACAAAAUUGGGUCCAAAUACAACAGGAAAUUUAAACUUUAGAACUGUUGUCAAGAGCUUGAUUGUUUUGUUUCGCUGCAGUUUUGGAGAAGGGUGGAAUUACAUUAUGGAUGAUAUAACGGUUACCGAACCAUUCUGCUAUGUCGAUGAGUCAACGGGUCAUUCAGAUUGCGGAUCAAAGCCAUACGCAUACGUUUUACUGAUGUCUUGGAACAUUUUGUCCAUGUACAUCUUUUUGAAUAUGUUCGUGUCUCUUGUUUUGGAGAGCUUCAGUUAUUUAUACCAUUCAGGGUCAGGUUCCAAAGCUGUGGCCAGUAGGGAUGAAAUAAGGCGAUUCAAAAACGCGUGGAAAAAGUUCGAUCCUGAUGGCGUGGGAGAGAUAGAACACAGCCAACUGCCACGUCUCAUGCACUCUUUUGAUGGAAAAUUGUCCUUCAAAGUAUGGGAAGGCAGGCUGUCCGUCAAGAAUUUGGUCGCCAACUACAUGACGGUGAACCCGCUUGAUGCUUACGAUGUGAAAGUCGACCUGGUGGGGCUAAACGAGGAGUUACAAAGCAUCGAUCGCGCCAAGAUUAUGGAACGAAAGCAGCAGUACCGCAGAUUUGUUCAGGAAGCUCACUACUUAAGUGCAUUCAAGAACGGAAUUACCUUCAGCAAAAUUAUCCAGCAGAUUCCGCUAUAUACAGCGUACUCUCCCCAGGAAUGCCUGGGAAUCGAUGAUUAUGUGAAAAGGCUUUAUGUUAUGGGAAAAGUCGACAAAUUUCUAGAUAACGAGAGGAAUGUUGAAGUUUUAGAGAUGGUGGUCACCAGAUGGAAAUAUUUGAGCGAGUGUCGGAGCUUCCGGAGCCGGCCAACACGGCCAAGGCCCAAAUAUGCGUCCAAUUUGUCUAGCACGGAAUUGGACCCGCCAGACACACCGGGCUUAGACGUGGGCAUAAAUAAUUUCAGCUGGUCGCCCAGACAAGUGCACCAAAACCGCUCUGGCAGCUUCGAUUUGUAUUGGGGAAGCACUGGCUCCCACUCUAGUCAAUGA